AGAGCGCGCCCGCUCGGCUGGAGGCAGGUGCGGAGAGCUGUGGGGGUCGGGAUGUCAGGGCCGCCCACAGUCCCGGAGCAGACGCGCCCCGAGCAGAACGCGCCGGACCCGCGGCGCGCAGGCUUCGUGCUGGGGCUGGACGUGGGCAGCUCGGUGAUUCGCUGCCACGUCUAUGACCGCGCGGCGCGGAUCCGCGGCUCCAGCGCUCAGAAGGUAAAAAGUCUUUAUCCUCAAGCUGGCUGGGUUGAAAUUGAUCCUGAUAUUCUCUGGCUUCAGUUUGUUGCUGUAAUAAAAGAAUCUGUCAAAGCUGCAGGACUAGAGAUGAAUCAAAUUGUCGGUCUUGGCAUUUCAACACAGAGAGCAACUUUUAUUACGUGGGACAAGAAAACGGGAAAGCAUUUCCACAACUUCAUUAGUUGGCAAGACCUAAGAGCUAUUGAACUUGUAAAAUCUUGGAAUAGUUCUCUUUUAAUGAAGCUCAUACACAGUUCCUGCCGAGCGCUGCACUUCGUCACUAGAAGUAAACGAUUUUUAGCAGCCAGUUUGUUCACUUUCACAACCCAGCAUGUUUCUUUGAGAUUGGCCUGGAUUUUGCAGAACCUGACUGAGGUGCAAAAGGCAAUUGAAGAAGAAAAUUGCUGCUUUGGGACUAUUGAUACCUGGUUGUUACAUAAGCUCACAAAAGGUUCUGAAUUUGCCACAGAUUUUUCAAAUGCCAGUACAACUGGACUUUUUGACCCAUAUGAGAUGUGUUGGAGUAAGCUCAUCACCUCCCUGCUUUCAAUCCCGCUCUCUCUCCUGCCUCCCGUGAAGGAUACGAGCCACAAUUUUGGAUCAGUGGAUGAAGAGAUAUUUGGCGUGCCUAUACCAGUAGUGGCCUUGGUUGCUGACCAGCAAUCAGCCAUGUUUGGAGAAUGCUGCUUCCAGACAGGAGAUGUGAAGUUAACCAUGGGAACUGGGACAUUUUUGGAUAUUAAUACUGGAAAUAACCCUCAACAGAGUGUUGGAGGCUUUUAUCCAUUAAUUGGGUGGAAGAUUGGGCAAGAAGUGGUGUGCUUAGCUGAAGGCAAUGCAGGAGACACCGGUACUGCCAUACAGUGGGCUCAACAGUUAGAUCUGUUCACAGAUGCUGCUGAAACUGAAAAAAUGGCCAAAAGUUUGGAAGAUUCUGAAGGAGUUUAUUUUGUUCCAUCUUUUAGUGGAUUGCAGGCUCCAUUAAAUGACCCCUGUGCAUGUGCCUCUUUUAUGGGUUUGAAGUCUUCCACCAAUAAAUACCACCUUGUACGAGCAAUAUUGGAGUCAAUAGCUUUCAGAAACAAACAGUUAUAUGAGGUGAUGCAGAAAGAGAUCCACAUUCCUGUAAGAAAAAUCCGAGCAGAUGGAGGAGUUUGUAAGAACAGUUUUGUCAUGCAGAUGACUUCAGACCUGAUUAACGAGAUGAUAGACAGACCCGUCCACGUUGAUAUGUCCUGCGUAGGUGCAGCUUCUCUAGCUGGCCUUGCUGUUGGAUUUUGGACUGACAAGGAGGAACUAAAGAAACUGAGGCAAAGUGAAAUAGUUUUCAAGCCACAGAAGAAAUGGCAAGAAUAUGAAAAGAAUAUGGGAAAUUGGGUCAAAGCAGUGAAACGCUCCAUGAAUUGGUAUAACAAGACAUAGCACUAACGGAAUGACUGAAACCACGCGUGGCUGGUUGUGUGAUGUGCAGAUGAGACAAAGCUCAGGGACAACAAUACGACCACGACUGAGAGAAGACUGGAGCCGAGCUCUGCAACCCGAGAGAAAAAGCACUGCUUUUUUGAAAACAAAACAAAACCCCUCAUUGAAAAAAAUUCUAAACCUUGGUAAGAUUGUAAGGCAACAAUACCUCAGAACUUUUAAAUCUUCUGUUUUGUAGCAAAUUCCGAAGGACGUUAGCCAUUUCCAACCAUGUUUUGACAGUCACGGGUCCUCCUCCUGUUUGUACUGGGCCAAUAUGAACAUAAUUGUUUACUAUCUGAGUAAAUAGUUCCGGAUCAAGCACCGUUCGUGUUUUGUUCCAAAAUGAUGUGAAAAGUGUUCCCUUAAUUCUUUAAAAUGAAGUGGGCUAUUUGAAGUCCAUAUAGCUAAAAAGAAAGAAUAACCAAGAAAAUGUGGAAUUUUGAAACAUUAAUAUUUUCUAUUUAAAGCCAUAAUUGUUCAGUGUUGUAUCCAAAUAUGAGCUCAAUAUGUCUCUCUUAGAUAGGCUCAUUUGGUAGUCAAUUCUUUCCUUUAUUGGGUUUAAAGACACUGCCUUAAUUUUUCCUUGUUUAACCAAAAUCUGAGCUUUCUUUAUAUAUUGAAAAACACUGAAAAAAAUCAUUUUAGUCAAUAAAACCAAAAAGGGUAUUGAUUCAUAAAGAAUAGGAGAAUACUUUCCUUCUCAGAUAGGAUUUCUUUCAAAAAUUUCUGGGUAAAGUAUAAAAUCUCAUUUUUUUACAAAAUACAGGUAGUAUAUAUAAAUCUUGCCUUUCUUCUCCUCUUCUCUAUCCUUCUUACUUGUUGAGAUGCUGGUGUAAACGUCUUUUAUUUUUAUUAAGUGCCUAGAUGACAGAGCUUAAGUUGAAGAAAGCGCCCUAAUUUAUUGGUGACUUAAGAAUUGCCUUCAUUUGGGUAUUUUGCUUGUCCAGGUAUCUUCCUUAUUUUUGUCCAAUCUACUCAUCUCUCUGAGAUUUGUGCAGUGAGGUAGCUGACAGAGGGGAUGGGAGUGUGGUCAUGCUAGUGACUGCCCCGCAGCCACUGAGCCAGAGAUCCACAGAGAGGAACAGCGAGAGCCCUACAUUUUCAAACUCACUUGAUAGAAACAAGGUAGAGUAAGGUAAGACGUAAGAGUUGCGAGUAGCUUCAGGCCGGAUGUAAAAUUGUCCUAAGGCAAGUUGACCACCUUCCAACAUGUUCUCAUGUUAUUUGCCCCUCCCUGUUUGUGGGCUAGGUUCCUUUUAGAUUUGCAGCAAUAAUGUAUUUAUUUCCCUCUUGGUCAGGCUUUAUCAUAUCACAUAAAGUCCUACUGUUAUAGAGCUCACUGUUAAAUAAUAAUAUAAUUAAAGAUGUGACUGUUAUAGGGAAGUUUGCUGUUACUAUCAUGUAUGUCCAUUUCAGAGACAGGUAAUAGAUAUUAGACUUGGAAAUAUUUUUGUUAAGUCAAGAUGUUUUGUUUACUGUAAUAAGUCAGAUCCCCUUAUGUAGAUAAUAUCUUACUCUUCUUUUCAUUCUUUCUGUUAUUCACAUCCUUUUUUACAAAGCUUAGUGGCCAAUUAAAAGCUUUCUUAUCAAAGUCAUAUGAAAGCCACUCUGUUUUACUAUUUCUUAUAGAGUCUGCUUCUCAGUGGGUAUGAUGUCCAUAGGAAGUAAUUGUCUUUUUGUAUUAGGAUGUACUGAAUUGUGAUAUUAUUAAUACCUAAACAUUUGUUAGUUCAUUCAUUUUCCACAUUGUUCUUUCUCAUCAUGAAACCACAAAAUAAAGGAGAAAUAUCUUUUAGAUAAUGUGGAAAAAUAACUUUGAAUAUCUUUUUACUGGAAUUGAGCAUCUCCUCAAAAAUGAGUGGCUAAUUUUUUCUUCCAUUAAUUUAGAAGUUAAUCUUCUAUUUUUAAUAUGUCUGGCCUUUUUUUUAGUAACACAGUUUACUAAAUCUUUUGUCAGAUUUGACCUAAAUCAGAAACAUGACCACAUUUGCUUUUGUGGUCGUAGAAAGUGUUGAUUAUCAGAAUCAAUUGAGCAAACAAUUGUCCUCUCAAGUUUAUUUUUCAUAUGUAUGCUAAUAAUUGAAGUUAAAAAAAUUUCUAUGCUAAUAUUUCUCAGCAUAUUUUAUUUCCUCACUAUGGGUCUAUCAGAUAAUUUUAGGAGAUCUGUAGCUAUCUUAUCAAGGAGGAGAAUCUUCCUGUACAAUCCUUCCUAAAGUGGUACUAAAUGCUUUUAUACUAUAGACUUACUGAUUUUUAAAUUUUUUUAUAUCCAACCAUGACAUGGUUUCUCAACCUCAGCAUCAUUGACAUUUGAAGGCAGAUAAUUCUUUGUUUUGGGGUGCUAUGUAUUAUAGGAUGUUUACCAGAUCCCUGACCUUUACCCACUGGCAUCCAUCUACUUAAUGAUGGCAAAAUGUCUCCAAACAUUGCUAAAUGUCCCCUGGGAGACAAAAUCACCCCGCAGUUGAGAACGAGUGAUGUAGACUGUUGGAAGAAAACUGAAGACUCAGUGAAUGUAGAGUGUCUAUCGUACUCCUUUUCUCUCUGCUUCAUUUUUACCUUAAGGAAUGGUUGUUAGCAAAAAGAAGUAGGAGUAUCUUAAAAUAAAUAGCGUUUCUACUUUGCUGGUUAAUGAGGUGGGGAAAAAAUGUCAUGUUGUAAUUGUCUUCUGCUGUUUUUAUCCACCUACCCUCACCCCCAUGUCUGCAUUCUCUGUGGUCUUAAUGAGUGAGUUUAUGACUUCAGUAUGGGAUUAAUGUAGUCUCCAGAUCAUCUUUGAUUUGAUCUGCCUUUUUAUUUCCUUUUCAUCUCUGAACAAAGGAGAUGAUUACUCUUUUAUCUGCCUCUGCGCAAGCCUCCACCAAACUAGAAGUUCCCUGAAAGCAGAAAACAUGUCUGCUUCCACAGAACUUAACUCUUGUGCCUUCAUAUUUGUGGGAUGAAUUUUUACUUUGUGUUUGUAAGUGCAACUUUUUUUGCAUAUACAUUUUGUCCGUGAUGUUACAUAUGUUUAUUGAUAGGGAGCAGCUUCUAUUUGUUACAGUAAAGUAUGUUUUGUUGGAUUAAG